UGGAACUCUUUCCUUUGGAAUCGGUACAUGGCCAUGAAGAUGGUUUUGAUACCUUCAAGCCCAGUUCUUCAGCAUCAAUGCAUGGUCUGGGUAACUCAUCCAAGUCUGCAGUAAUUGAAUACAAGGUUGAUGACAGCACGCCUGAGCUCAGUGAUAUUCAGUGUCAGCAAAGUCAGAAAGCUGCCAGUGUGAGUUCCACACCAAGCAAAAAAGAGAAGACGCCACAGAAAAGGAAAAUAGGUGAUGUUACAGUUUACCAGGAAAGGCUGAUGAACUUACAAGAGCAGCAGCUCGAACUAAAGCGAAUGAAGAUAGAGGAAAUGCAGAAGAUGCGAAAGGUUGAAGAGCAGAAGUUGGAAGAAUUGAAGAAGAUCCAUACUUCUGUGGAUGCCCUUUUGUCAUUUGUUAUGCUAAAUCAGUGUUAA